ACAAGAUGAGCAGCAAAUGGGAAGUGCAACUUAUGACAACCUGUUUGGUGAGAGCCACUAUACACACUGCUUGUUCGACCACCUAGAUUUAGUCUUCAGCCAACUGCACUGAAUUCUGCUGUCCUUCAGGAAAAGGAUCCCAUAGAGCAACAAGAAGAGUUCAAAGUUAUUUCCCUCCUUUUCCAAUGAGUCAUCAGCACAACGCCUUGGGAUCACCCUGCCUCAGUCAUCUGAGGAGGCAGCGAGUCUCUCCAAUUUAUCAUGGCAGCCUCAUCUCACUCUACCUCUGCUUCCAGAUGUUCAUAUUGGUUGCAGGAGCAUUCCAAGUCCAGGGGCCCCAUGAACCCAUGGUGGCCAUGCUGGGUGGUGAGGCUGAGCUGUCCUGCAUCCUUGUGCCUCGUCAAAGUACUAAAUAUAUGAAAAUAAGCUGGACCCGAACCCUACCCUCCCAGGUGGUGCACCUGUAUGAGGAUGGGCAGGACAAACCUGAGAAAGCCAUGGAAGAGUAUUUAGGGAGGACACAGCUUGUGAAAAAUGUCAUGCAUAAGGGGAUCAUGGUCCUGAGAAUCCUCAAUGUCCAACCCUCUGACAGUGGGCAGUAUCGCUGUGUGAUCCAACAUGGCUCCUUCUACAGUGAAGCAGUGAUUGAGCUGAAAGUGGCAGCUCUGGGCUCACGUCCUCAAUUCCACAUGGAAGUCACUAAGUCCCGAGAACUCCAAUUAGAGUGCAAGUCAGAGGGCUGGUUCCCUCAGCCGAAGGUCCAGUGGACAGACUCUGAGGGGGGAGAAAUUCCAGCUGAUUCUGAGACUCAAACCCAGGACAAAGGCGGCUUAUUCCAUGUAACAACAUCACUGUCACUCAGAGAAACUUCUCAGAAGAAUCUGACAUGUUCUGUCUGGAACCCAGUUCUAAAUCAAAAAAAAAGAGAGCAAUUCUCCACAGCAGUUGCUGCGCCCAUCAGUGUGACUGAGCCCACCAAUACAACACUCAUCAUAUUAGUUAUAUGUAUGGCACUUCUGACUUCCAUCACCAUUGGACUUUAUUUAAACAACAGGCUCAAACACCAGCACAAAACCAGCCAGGCCAGCUGUCCCACCACCACCAUGGAUCCCUGUACCAUAAGGCCCACACAGUUCAACAACAGGCCUAGGAACAGGUUUCCAGCUGAGGUUGAGACCCCGCUCCUGCCCAAACACAAAGAGGCAGAACUCCGAAGCUGGAUUGAGGAUCUCACAGGCCUGUCCAUCGGUCCCGACUUCCAAGAGGGUUUGAAGGAUGGAAUGAUCCUGUGCACACUCAUGAAUAAGCUGAAGCCAGGCUCAGUUCCCAAGAUCAACCACCCCAUGCAAAACCAGAACCAGCUAGAAAACGACUUCAACUGCAUGAAGGCCAUGGCCAGCUAUGCCAUAAACUCCACGCUCGAACCCAAUGACUUGUCUGAGGUGGAGAUGUCUCCUCUGGCUCUGGCACAGAAGGCCAAGACAAAGGGAUGGCAGAGUGGUGUGGACAGAAGAAUCAAGUACGUCAAAAAGCAGGAGAGGCAUUUACAAUAUACAAUUAAUGUGGCCAGUGCAUCAUCAGGCUCCAAACAGAUAGCAGCCGGUAUGUCAACCAGGUGGGCAUGAUGGCUCCCAGGGCCCAGAGGCACAUCUUUGACACCAAGCUGGGGACUGACAAGUGUGACACCACCUCCAUGUCUCUGAAGAUGGGCUAAACACAUGGCGCCAAAUGUAGAGGCCAAGUCUUUGGCUUGAGCGAAUGGAUAUAUGACCCCAAGUACUGCCCAGGAGGCCCAGUGGCCAAUGGGAUCCAGGGCAAGCUGGCAAUUUCCAAAGCCCAGGAAACACCCUUGAGUACCCUCCUACUACCAGGAGGAAGCUGGCUACUGAGGCCCCCCCUUUUAGGGUAUCUCCCACAUAAUCACCUCAUCUGGGUUUUUCUGGGUUUUCAUCUUGUUUUUCAAUGUGUUCAAAUGCUUCCAGCUGAGGGUCUGUAAAGGCCAGAUCCAGAUGUGUAUGGGGUGGGGUCACUGCCAGGGCACAUCACGUCGCAAAUUUCCCAGCAGGCUCUAAGUAAAGCAGAUGACUAUCUAUAAUGUUGGUGGGCCUCAUCCAGUCAAUCAAAGGCCUUAAAAGAUUGAGAUCCCUCAAAGAGGAAGGAAUUCUAUAUCCACACUACCUUCAAACUUAAUACUGCAAUAUCUACUCUGAAUUUUACAAAUACCUUCUGGAAUUUUCAGCCUGUGGCUAGAUCUGAAAAUUUCAGACUUACUAGUCCUCACAAUAGCCACAAAAUCUGACUAUACAUGGGGU